AGCAGAAAUUAAGUCAGUCAAAGAGAAGAACUGAGAGUGAAGGUUGGCGUAUGGCAAAUGGAGGAUCAGAGGAUUUAAGAUACCACAAAACUAUAGAAUUUUUAGCAGCUGACAAAACGUUGCUAAGCUUUUGGUGAAAUCCCUUUAAACAAACCUAAUUUAUCGUGCAAAUGCUGCUGAACGCUGUGAAUGAACCACUGAAGUACCAGCAGAGGCAAAUACAAAGGCAUCAGCAGAUUGCAGAAUCAACUACGUUGUCUAGGACUUUAAAAAUAUAACAGAUGGGAGAAAUCAACACACCCAUUGAUUUGGAAAUAUUCUCCUGUUUUUCUUACUGAGAUUUUGAUGUAUUAUUUAUAUGCGAGAUCACUGGCAUUUACAUGCGUAACAGCUGAAGAGCAGUAAUUAACACCUAGGACUGUCUGGAUAGCUCUGUUUUGUAAUUUCUCUGCAUCUCUGUUGCAAGAACGCCAGAGUAAGUAAGACUGAUUCUGCCUUUUUCAUCUUCAAAACCGAAGCAAAUACCUAUUUUAUGUCUCAUUCAGCAGAAUAGCGGGGCUCUGAAAUCCAGAUGUAGCAUGCAUAAUACUAAUUGCCUGGAAAGCCAGACGUGGGAGAUGUUUAGUAAGUGAAGCGCGUUUUCCUUCUGUAUAUGAACUUUGUGGAUGCUGGCUUUGUUUGAAAACGCUGUUAUUAAGUGAUGUUCAAGGAAACCAGAAUAUAGUAUCCAGUGAUUUUUAUAAUUUAACAUGUGCUUGUCAUUUGGAUCUUCAAAGUUAUGUAGUCACUUCUUAAAAUGUGCACUGCUUAAGACUUUGUAGGAAUUGACCUCAUGUAGACAUUGUACAAAAACAACUAGUCUUAAAUCAGACAAACCGUUUAAUAUUUGGAUUUUCCAGAGCUUAUAUGGUGUGCUUGCUUCCAGUCUUUCUUUUAAUCAAUUGUCGGCUGAAGAACGUAGAGAGGAAAUGAUAAGAAGGCUAUGUUUGGCAUAAACAAAAGAGGAUCAUUUAACAAAAUGGAGCAAAGAAAGCAGCAACUGUUCUCUCCUCGCCAGUAUUAAUGCCCCCCCCCCUCCAUAAUCUGUGCAUCGAGCCAUGCCUGUUGAUUUGUCCCAGAAAGAAAACUGGAAUUUAACUGAAUACAAUUGUUAGUUGUAAGCUGAUGUGGCAACUGCCCUUGCAGAAAAAAAGCCUAUGUGUGAAAUGACUGAAUCCAAGCUGUGAUUGUAAUACUUUUCAACUGAUGAUAAACUUUGAUGGUUCCUUGCUUUUUGGAUUUUUUCCAGACUCUGCAAAUCCCUGCAUUAUUUAAUAUUCAUGAAUUUCUGCUUGUAAAUAGAGAUAAUGUGAAGCAAAAUAAAAUUGACAGUUUUUGGGGAAGACAGCUGGCAAGCAAUCUACAUUAGAUUUGUAAAUGCAGGCACUAUUUUCAAAGAGCAUAACUUGUUACUUCCUCUGGAUGUGUUAAAAAAGCUCUUUUUUUCUCAGUUAAAUUAUGGACACAGCCAACAGUCUCUCCCACCCUCCUGUAUUACUUAUGUUGUUGAUGGACCUAAAUUUCCCACUGUUUACAAACUGUCUCUGAAUUGAAAAUGCUGACUGCAGUCUGUCUGAUUUUCGAAGAAGAUAAUUAUCAUCUGUUUAAACAAUAAGAAAAAAGGAAAACAUGAUAUCUUCAGAAACUGAAGUCUAUCCCACACCAUUGUCAUAUCUACCUUUCUGUCUUUGCCUGCUGCAUUCUCUUCUUUUUCAUCUUUAAUAAAACUACAACCUUUUGGUGAGGGAGCAAAGUAUAUAUCCAUUCUCUGGGAUGUACCUUCUUAUGUGUAUAUUCUUCUCCCUUGGGGGUUUUGGGCAAGCAUUGAAAAUGUUAAACUAUUCUAUUUUAGAAGAGAGUGGGGCAAGGAUCUUAAUUGGUAAUAUAAAUAUAGAUGCAGAACUUGAGUUGCCAAGAAUGGGUGAAAAAAACAAUUUUAGGGUGUUGGAAAAUUCUGCUCCUAGCUUAAUUGAUGUUGACCAGAAUAGUGGGCUAUUGUACACCAAACAGCGUAUUGACCGGGAGACCCUUUGCUGGAAAAAUACAAAGUGCUUGCUGUCCCUAGAAGUUUUUGUUAAUGAUAAAGAAAUAUGCAUGAUUAAAGUGGAGAUCAUGGACAUAAAUGAUAACUCACCCUAUUUUUCCACUGAACAAAUUGAUCUCGAGAUUUCAGAAAAUGCAUCUCCUGGAACUAGAUUUCCUCUCUCAACAGCACAGGAUCCAGAUUUAGGAGAAAACAGUUUGCAGACAUAUGUCAUGAAGCGAGCUGAUACUGACUUGUUUUCUUUGGAUAUAAAAUCCCGAGGUGAUGGCACAAAAAUACCUGAGCUAGUUAUCCAGAAAUCAUUAGACAGAGAGGAACAAUCUCACCACAAACUAAUCCUUGCUGCCCUGGAUGGAGGUAAACCUCCAAGGUCAGCCACUCUGCAAAUAAAUGUUAAAGUUAUUGAUUCCAAUGACAAUAGCCCAGUUUUUGAAGCUAAAUCUUACACUGUUGAAAUCCCUGAAAAUUCUCCACUGGGCACUGUUGUAAUCGAUCUGAACGCUACAGAUUUAGACGAAGGCUCUAAUGGAGAUAUUUUGUAUUCAUUUAGUGGCUAUGCAUCUGACCGGGUCUGGGAACUGUUUUCAAUUGAUGCAAAAACUGGAUUAAUACAAGUGAAGAGUAAUUUAGAUUAUGAAGAAACCAGGAUAAUUGAGAUUGAUGUUCAGGCCCAGGAUCAAGGACCCAACUCUAUACCAGUGCACUGCAAAGUGACUGUUAAAAUUACUGAUAUAAAUGAUAAUGUUCCAUCAAUAAACUUUGUAUCAGUCCGCCAGGGAGAAAUUAGUGAGGCUUCACCUCCUGAUACAGUUAUUGCACUGGUUCGAGUUACUGAUAAGGAUUCUGGAAAAAAUGGUCAACUGCAUUGUUGGGUUCAGGGUAAUGUCCCUUUCAAGCUAGAAGAGAAUUAUGACAAUUUCUACACUGUUUUAACAGACAGACCCCUUGAUCGGGAAAUGCAGGAUGAGUAUAAUGUAACUAUAAUUGCAAGGGAUCAUGGCAAUCCACCAUUAAACUCUACAAAAUCUUUUGUUGUCAAGAUCUUAGAUGCUAAUGACAAUCCCCCACAUUUCUCUAAACUCUUGUAUGUGCUGCAGGUAUCUGCAAAUAACAUCCCAGGAGAAUAUCUUGGUUCUGUCUUAGCACAAGAUCCAGAUUUAGGGCAAAAUGGCACUGUUUCUUACUCAAUCUUGCCAUCCUAUAUUGAUGGUGUUUCAAUCUACACUUAUGUAUCUGUCAAUCCAAUCAAUGGUGCAAUCUAUGCUCUGAGGACUUAUUACUAUGAACUGACAAAAUAUUUUGAAUUUACAGUGCUUGCUCAAGACUUAGGCUCUCCGGUUUUAGAAAGCAAUGCUACAGUAAGAGUGUCAAUACUGGAUGUCAAUAAUAAUGCUCCCGUCAUUAUUUUACCUAACUUACAGAAUGAUACGGCUGAGAUUUUUGUACCCAGGAAUAUAGGCAUGGGAUAUAUUGUAAGCACAGUUAGAGCAAUGGAUAUUGAUUUUGGAGAGAGUGGUCGACUGACUUAUGAAAUUAUACAUGGGAAUGAAGAGCAUCUCUUUGAAAUUGAUUCAGUAACAGGAGAUAUUAAGCUUCUCCAUCCUUACUGGGAGGAAGUUGCACCAGUAGUAGAGCUAAUAGUCAGAGUGACAGAUAAUGGUAAGCCAUCACUUUCAACUGUAGCAAAAAUCAUUCUUAAAACAAACACGGUUUCUUUCCCUGAAGGAGAAACACAAAUUACUGAAGAGCAGAGGGACUGGGAUAUAUAUCUACCUGUUAUUGUAACAUUAAGUGCUAUUUCUGUAAUAUUGUUUGCUGCCAUGGUGACCAUAGUUAUAAAGUGCAAGAAGGAAAAUAAAGAUGUAAGGCCCUACAAAGGCAGAAUAGCAGAUUCUAUUCAACCUCGAUUAAUGAAAACAAAAAAGAAAAAAAUAAACAAGAAUGACAUUAUGUUGGUACAGAGUGAAGUGGAAGAGCGAAAUGCCAUGAAUGUUGUGAGUAGUCCAUCCCUUGCUACAUCUCCAAUGUAUUUUGAUUAUCAAAGCAGUUUGCCUCUGAGCUCUUCCCACUCAGAAGUGCUGUACCUGAAGCCUACAUCCAACCUUAUGACUUCUUCACAAGCAAAUAUAGGAUGUCACAGUCUUUCAGAACCAGUUAGAAACACAACUGAGAAUAAUUCCUCUUGGACACCAGUAUCUCAGACAGACAAUUUCCCCACAGAGCCCAAUUACAUGGGCAGCAGACAGCAGUUUGUUCAAAGUAGCUCAACUUUUAAAGACCCAGAAAGGGCAAGCCUUCGAGACAGUGGUCAUGGGGAUAGUGAUCAAGCUGACAGUGAUCAGGACACUAAUAAAGGAUCCUGCUGUGACAUGUCUGUUAGAGAAGCACUUAAAAUGAAAACGACUACAGCAAAAUGCCAACCAUUGGAUCAAGAUCCCUGCUGUAAAAAAAUUGAUCGAUGUAAUACAAAGUCAGUAUGCAAAACUGUGUGCACAGAACAAGAAGAGUGUGUAAAUUGCACUGAUGAAUGCAGAGUCCUUGGCCAUUCAGACAGGUGUUGGAUGCCACAGUUCCCUGCUGCUAACCAGGUGGAAAAUGCUGAUUAUCGCACAAAUCUCUUUGUUCCUACUGCUGAAGCUCAUGUUGAGACUGAGACUUAUGAAACUGUGAAUCCCACUGGGAAAAAGACAUUUUGUACAUUUGGAAAAGACAAAAGAGAGCACACCAUUCUCAUUGCCAAUGUAAAACCAUAUUUAAAAGCCAAGCGUGCCCUGAGUCCUCUGCUACAAGAGGGUCCCUCUGCAUCAAACAGCCCUACCAAGACAUGUAUUGAGCCUUGUGCCACAACUAAAGGACCAUUAAAUGGCUGUGAAAUAAAAUCAGGAGUCUUGGCAGACACAACCAAUCAGUACCUAUCUACUGAAAGUCAGUACCUAACACCUAGUAAACAGACAAAAGACCCCCAAUACGUUGCCUCAGACCCGAUGGCUUGCGUAUUUGCAGAUGUGCAUUCUAGAGUGAGCCGAGACUCAAGUGAAAUGGACGCUGUUUUAGAGCAACUGGAGCAUUCAAACCGUGACUUGGGCCGCGAGUCAGUAGACGCCGAGGAAGUAGUGAGAGAAAUUGACAAGCUCUUACAAGACUGUCGAGGAAGUGAACCUGUGGCUGUAAGAAAGUAAAUAGCAAAGAUGGGCUAUUGUGUUUUUGCCUUUUCCUAGUAACAUACAGUUACAGCACAUUUGCAAGAGAGGUAAAAGUGUGAUGCUGCUUACUGGCUGUAAGUGAAGAGUUAAAGUGCCCCGAAAUCUUUUUCACUGAUUUGUCAUUUUCUCAGACAACACACUGGCUUUAUUUUGGCUAAAUACAGUUGGACAAAGUCAAUGGAAAAACACUCUGUGGUUAAGUUUGACAAUCUGAUACAAAAGGGAAGAGGACUGGAACUCCACCUGGAAUUCAUUGACUUCUUCAAGUAGUUGAUGCUGACUUUUUUGUCUUUUGGUGUAAAACAACCCAUUGAUUAACAGGGUUAACUAAUUUAUGUGUGGAUUUUAAGCAAGCAUCAUUAGCUUCUAAUUAAAGUCCUAACUAAUUUUUCUGUAGUCCUAGCUACACCAAACAUCACAACCAUUUGUGGUAAUCAUUUCUAUAGAAAGAACAACAUUCCAAAACAUUUCAGAAAAAGAUGUCUGCCAUUUACAGCAUUUCCAUGACACAUAGUUAUAUAGACAAUUAUAUAGUAAGUUGUGUCCUGCACAUAAGCUAUUUCACUUUAUGUAAAAUGAAAAGUGUUGAUAAAUAAGAAUUUUAGUGUCCCGCACAAAUAAAUACAGAUAUUUACAAGUAAUUAUAUUUCUACCCUAUAAUAUAAAGCGGUUCUAAAAGUUUUUGGCAUUUGAGGGUAAACAAAAAAAUAAAUAAAUAAGAAAAUCAAUUGUUUUUAAACCUCAAUAAUGUUUUCUAUUUGUUGGUGGACACUAAAAUUGCUCAGGAAGUGAAGUUGUCCUAUUCAUUUAAGCAAAUUCCACAUUACCAUUUAUAUGUGCAAAUGUGAGAAGAUUUAAAUGUUUACAUCAAAUGACAUAUUUUUUAUGAUUUAUUUGCAAUUUUAGUGCAUAUGAGCCAAAUUGUUCCGUGUAUAAGAGCUAUAUUGUGUAUUUUAUUAAAUUAAUAUAUAGUUGUGUUGCAAAAAAAAAAAAAAAAAUAUGGGCUUAUAUUGUAAAUGGCAAGUGUUGCCUCAGUAGCUGUCAAACUCUAUGAGUUUUGUUUUUUUCUGCUUCCUUUUCCCUGUGGAGUCUGGGAAGCAGCGCCUCAGAGCAAAGUCUCUUGUUAAAUGUAUGGUCAACAAGCUACAGUGGUACAUAAUCUGUUCAAAAUGUGUUUUUAGCAAACGGAUAGAGCAAAAUUAGCAGGGGACAAGCUUCAUUCAUGACACAGUGAAAUCUUCUGUUAGACCCUGAGGAGAUCAGACACAUCUUCAGUUCAUGGCAAUCCAAUGGGGACUACUCUGGCUGUCAAGCUGUUUAAUCCCGGUGUUAUUUAUAGUAAACCAAAAAAUAAAAUAUAUAUAUGUGUGUUUAUAUGUAUCUAUAUUAAUAUCUAUAUAUACACACACACACAUAUAUAAUCUUUAAAGCCUUACAAACUGUUAUUAUCCCAAACUGGGAAACAUUCUAAUUAUCAUCUAGCAGCUCCUUGUCGCAGUAUAAAAUACAGUAACUUGUAUUUUUAGAUUCAUGGAUAAAGUUCUAAAACUUUACAGGCUCAUAUUUACUAAGCUAUUCCAUAGGAACUUUCCAAAAAAAAAACAAAAAAGAACAAAAAACAAAACUUAUGGGCCUUAAAUAUAUUGUCUAUGAAACACAAGUAGUCUUAUGGAAAAAAAGAAUCACUUAGCAAAUAUGUGCCAUUGAAAAUACUUGUUUGUGUUAGUAUAUGUGAAGUCACAUUGUUCCGUCCAGUAACAUUUGUAAAACGUUUAAUUUUAAUAACAGCACAUUUCUUUGACUUUUUUAAUACAUCUUUGUAAAAUUAUAUACAGAAGCAGAAAGUUGCAGAUUUUUAUAAAUAAAAAGUAGGAAGAUGCAGGUUUAGCUUUCCAGACUGUACUAUCACCUGUACAGAUAAUGUGAACUGUAGAACACUUUACAAUUAAAAACAAACAAACAAAAAAAGUUGAUUCACUUUAAUUUGGGGCAACACGUGUUGCGAACUGGGAUGAGCCUAACAAAUGUACCGAGUAAAAGUCAGAAAAUGCACUGUACGGAUCUGUGAACAAGAGUUUUAUUACUUGUCAUUUAGGAAAUGUCUUUUGACUGCAGUUCAUUGCCAGUUGUCUAAUGAUCACAUUACAUUCUUAACUAUAUUUCAUUUCCGUGGUCCAAAAAACGCCAUAAACAAGUGACUGUAUAAAUGCUGCAUUGCUCUACAUAUUUUGGACAAUUUAUGUAUCUAUAUGUGUUGUCUCUGUGUUUUGCAAUGUUAAGUUCAUCGGGAGGAUAUAUCUUGAUUUUGCUUGAUAGCUGAAAUUCCACAGUAAAACUGGAUUAUUUUCAUGCCUCCACAUAAUUGUCUUUCAUUAGGCAUAAAUAGUCAGUGGAAAUAGUUACAGUAUGUUUUUUAACGCUUCAUAUGCUAAGUGCAUAAUAUACAAUACAACCGAUUUACAAACAUAAGACUAUACGUGUAAAUCUCGAAUAUACAAUCAAUCGGCUCUUGGCUGGUUAUUCAACACAAGAUACUUAAUAGUUGAAGUUACUAAAGAAAAAAAAUGUCAUGUUUACAACUAAUAUUUGUAUUUUUAUUGCUGUAUGUUUCUUUUUCAUCUGACUGGAAACUAAAAUGUGAUGGUAUUUUGGAAAUCUUUUGUGGUGUGCUUCAAAUGGGUUUAACACUGCUUUACUCAGCUAUAGCAAAAUGGGUACACACUGAAAUAAUUCUAUUAACAGAGUCAUACUUAAAGAAUCUAUUAAACGAGUUUCAACCAAAA